UUCUAUAGCGUUCCAGCUUGUGUGGGUUGGUUUCCGCAGUCUUUGGUCACCAUGAGUCAGAUAACACCGCAACGGAUAAUCCUCAGCUGUCGCGAACAGUAUUAUAACGACUGGGAGACGUUGCUUGACGCUUUCUUCGAGUUGCAGAACCUCAAAAAUCUCAAUGACUACAUGAUAAACAUAUGUCGCUUCGAUUCCGCACCUUACGUCUUCUACAUUGUUGUCGACGUUUAUUGCCACACGGUUCCUGUUGUUGAGCUUCCUAGGCUGAAGCUGAGGGUAUUCAAAGUCGCAAAUCCUGGGAAAUAUCGAUUCAUAGAUCUUGGGGAGUCGGCUAGCAAUCAAGCUCGCGAACGGUCUCUACAAUUGGAGUGGGGGGAACGGAUGGGCCCGUGGAACAAUCUCCCCAGCAAGGCAUAGCGUACACGUGAUCUUUCCUUUCCUUUUAUUUUGGCUUCUGGUAUCUCGAUGUCUCCCCUCAUUCCCCUCAACAUUUGUUCCAAUUGUUUUGGUCCUCGCUGUCUCCAGGCCAAUGGCUCAAAUGACACCGCAACGGAUCAUUCUUAAAAGUCGCGAUGGGUAUCAUGCAGAUCUGGUUUUAUAGUUAAGGCUUUCUUUAUGUCGCAAAACCUAUGUUGUAACGAUUUCAUCCCAAAUAUCUUAACACAACCCUUUUCGGU